AUGAGCGCUCGCACGGAUGUCGAGGCCACGCGCACACAGGCGUCCACAGGCAUCACGCCCGAGACCCUCAAAUCGACGCUUGUGGAGAAGCUUGGAGCAACACAUGUGCAGAUAGAGGACAUGUCAGGCGGCUGCGGCCAAAUGUUCGAAGCUAUAAUCGUCUCCCCCCAAUUCGCAAAGAAGACCACCCUCGCGCGGCAUCGCCUUGUAAAUACGACCCUUAAGGACGAGAUUGCGGCCAUACAUGCUUGGACGCCAAAGUGUCAUACGCCUGAAGAGUGGGAGAAGAAGCAGGGCGGUGCCGCUUCGUGA